GUCCUCUUUCAGCUCUGGGUAGGGCAGAGUUCAGAAUUCUUCCGGAGGCUGGUGCUGCUCCUCUCUCCAGCCAAUGCAUCCCCCAAGCCCUUGGUUUCCCCUGAACGGCUGCCUCAUCAUAUCUUAUCUGAUGUGACUCAAGGCCUACCUCAUACACAUGCUGCCUGCUUGGAGGAGCUCAAGCGAAGUUAUGAGUUUUAUCGGUACUUUGAAACCCAGCAUCAGUCGGGGUUCGAAUGGCCAACCAGAACAAAGCAGAAGUCAAGAGAGCUGAACAGUCUUCAGACAGCAGUACGCAGCUUGCAGCUUCAUCUCAAGGCACUGCUCAAUGAGGUAAUAAUUCUUGAGGAUGAACUUGAAAAACUUGUUAGCACUAAGGAGACACCUGAGUUGACAACAAAAGCCCAUCAGGUUCUGGAACAGAAACUAAAGUUUAUUCAGCCUCAUAUGCAGGCAAGCAACAGCAGCUGGGAAGAAGCCAUUUCUCAGGUGGAAAAAAUGAGUGGAAGAAACCCAAAUAAUAAAGGCAAACCUGACGUUUCCUGUGACACCCUACAGCGUACUACAGUACCUUUAACACAGCCUGCCAUAUACAUAGAAAACAAAGAUCCAAUCCCUGAAGAGCAGGAAUUGGAAGCAUAUGUUGAUUAUUCAGAUAUGGAGAAUGAAUACAGAAGGGAAGAUUUUUACUGCUUUUCCCAGGAAGAAAGAGAGAGACAAGAACGAGAGAGACAGGAAUCUAAGAGGGUUUUACAAGAAUUGAAAUCUGUGCUGGGAUUUAAAGCUUCAGAAAUAGAAAGACAGAAAUGGAAACAGCUGCUAUUCAGUGACCAUGCUGCAGUGAAACCCUUGUCUCCUGUAGAGCCGCUGAAGCUACUAAAUAAUUUGGAAUCACAUAUGAAUUCAGAUACAGAAAAGCAGGACUGCAGCCAAAGUUGUGAUAAAUCUGAAGACAAAGACUCUAAUACAAAAGAGAAUGCUGCUGAUAAAAGCAGGACAGAAUAUUUGUAUGAAGAUCCUGAGAUGGAGAGAAAAAAAGACAGUACUGCUGCUGAAGGUAUUUCUACAGGGGCUGAAGAAAGAACGUGUUAUCAGCAUGAAGGGGAAGUUGAAGAACUCGAGCUGAGCAAUAUGGAUGGAGUAGAGGUUUCACAGUCUCCCUCUGAGGAUGCAUUACAUUCAAAAAUCAAGCAUAGGCUGGCCCACCUCCACAUAUCAACAGAUUUAAACUUCACAUCUGGCCUGGCUGCACAAGUUGCUGCCAGGUCUUUCACUUUUACUACAAUGCAAGAAGAGACUUUUGGAGAUGAGGAGGAGGAGGAAGAGAAGACACAGGAGUGUGAAGACCUGGUAGAGGACUAUAAGAAUGAAGACAGAGGCUCUGAAAGUGAAGGAAAAGUGUAA